AUGAAUUUUCCUGUUUCAAAUGAUCUUACUUCCCAGAAAUACUAUAUUGACAAAUAUGGAUCAAUCGAAACAUUAAUCGAUAAGGCCAAGAAUGGCGAAAUCCACGCCCAAGCAGAUUUGGGAUGGGCUUACUCGCAGGGUUUUGGCGAUCUCCUGCCGCAAGAUAACGACAAAGCAAUCGGAUGGCUUAGCACUACUAUAGACAAGGGUUAUGAAUUGCCUCAUACCCUAGGAAAACUUGGGGAGUUACUAGAUCGGAAAGGAACAAUACGACAUCAGCAGAAGGCUUAUGAGAUGUACCACAGGGCAGCGAAACUGGGGAGCAGAAGUUCACAACUCAAUCUUGCUGAAAUGUAUAGAUGUGGAGUUGAAGGAGUCGUGAACAAAGAUCUUAAAGAGGCAUUUAAAUGGUAUAAAAUGGCCGCAGAUGAAGGUGCGAGUGAUUAUGAAUUGGGAACAGAGCAAAAAUUGCUGGCUGGGACGACGAGAAAACUCGACAACAAAUCAAAGCUAUGGUCUCUGAAAUGUCUGUAUAAGUAUUAUCUAGAGGGUGAAUGUCCGGAAGGCCGUCCACAGCCAACUAAAGCAAUUCAUUAUUUGACAAGAGCAGCUGAAAUAGGCGAUACUGAGGCUCAACGUAACUUGGGGCAGAUAUACUUAAAGGGAAUUUGUGAGCAAAUCAAAGACAUUUCAAAAGCAAGAAGGUGGCUCAAUAAAGCAUCUGCAAAAGGUGAUGCAGAGGCAAAACAGGUCGGUUGAAUAUGCAUCUUAUAAAUAUAUGUUAUUCACUGGUUAGGAGGUCCUUAUUGGGAGAAACUGUGCCCGAGGUCUUGAGUACUGAGGGUACAUUUUUUCCCCCUAUGGACCGACCUAGGCCGGUGAAUAACAUUUUUAUUUUUUUUCCUACUUAGAUUUAAAAGUUUCCGGAAAAUUUUACUUUAGCCUCCAACCUAUGCGUGUUGAAGAAGGGUGCGUUCAUGUCGAUGAAGUGCGCGAUCGAUUGCAAACCAAAACAAAACAAAACAUUGCAACAUGAUUUUUAACUUGUAAUUUAUAUUAUCACAAUUAAGCUCUCUUUUCAAAUAAAGAAAGGUUUGUGUGUCUUGGUAGACAAUUCAUAAUCUGAGUGUCAAACAAGAUGAAAAGAAUAAUGAUGAACUUGAUAUUAAAAGCUACAGGAAAGGAAAUACAGCUAAGAUUUUCUUUGCCUGAGUAAUUACUUUAAGAUUAGUUUGAUUGAGCAGGAUAAAAACUGCACAAAGGCUUUAUAAAAGGAGCUAAUUACACAUACCAAUCUAGAGGUUUUGAAUUGAAUUCAAAUAAAAGAAUACGAUGUGGGUAACAAGUAUAUAAACAAAGAAAUGAAAACAGUGAUAACCAACUGCUGGAAAAGUUGUUCAUGUUGUUUACUCAAGAUGGAAUGCUAAAUAUAAUCGUCAACAACAACCUUUUCUGAGAAGUAGAAAACUAGUGGGGCAAAAUUCACGGAACAUUCAACGGACUUUCUCAAAGUCCUUUGCUUCUCAUUUCCGGUCCCGGUAGUUGGCCCCAGCACAAAGGACCUUUAUCCCCUGCAGCAUGCCAAAUUUACAGAAGGAAUUUUAAUUCCUCCAGUAGGUUUUAUCCAAUCACAAACGGUUUUACUGAUGUACUCUGUCAAUCAAACCCAAUCACGCCACAUGAAACGUGACUUGAACUGUUUUGAUUUUUUGCGGGCUGUAUUUCGAUUUCAUUUUAUCGCCUGUAUUCAAAUACAACGCAUUAGUGGGCCUUUUUUCGUCCUCCAUUUGAGGACUUUACCAAGGCCAGAUUUGCCUGACAGCCUUGGAGCGAAAAAACAUUACCGACUUGUUUUGUUUUGAGUGCGUGCACUACAGGGUGCGCUACAAAGUUUUUAUUUUUUAUGUUUUCUUUCAUGGUGUAUGCAAACCUUGCAAGAAUUCUUACGUACUUAAAAUCCACUGAUGAAGGGCCAGAGGCCCGUUUCUCGAAAGUCCCGAUAAUUAACGGGCCCGGUAAGCUGUCUCGGUUUCCAUUAAAGAUCGAGGUUUCAAUAGUUUUGCAUCUAACAUGAUAAAAUUAUCAGUUAACGAAACAAAAUGGAGUAGUUUGCUAGCCAGGACCCGCGCUCUUAUUCUUUUUAUUUCGACUUGAAUAUUAGAUUUCGGGCCCGAAAAGUUAACGGGACUUUCGAGAAACGGGCCCCAGGCCCGAAACGUCCGGAGACUGAACUCAGAAAUAUCACUAGAUGGCACUUUUUUUCAUUACCCUUUUUUGUAUUGAGCAUUCCUUUAUUUACUUUAUUUACUUUCUCUCAUCAAAAUUUUUUUCCGUUAUUUGUUUGUUUUGACAUACUUUGACAGCUCGCGAUGACACAUGCGACAAUGACGCAAAACGUUCACGCCAAAAUGACGUCACUGACUUGAUACAAUUUUUUGCAGGGGAAACAAUAAGUCGAGCUCUCGCUCUCUGGCUCGCUUUUGCCGCAGAAAACAUAAAAAUCUACUGCUCACGCUCGUGAAAAUUUUGAGCUCAACUUGAAGGCAAGUCUAUGAAAAACAGCAGAAUCUAGAUUCAGACAGCAAAAAUGGAAAACAAAACUACAACUAGAGCAAAAAUGCCGAAUAAACGGUGCAUAAAAGAAAGAUUGCAAUACUUACAGUGUAGGUUAUAAAACUAGUGAAGCAACAUCACGAGCCGCCUGUUUUGCUUUACUUUAGUGGUUUUCCUGGCUGACUUGCUUGAUUCUCCCUUCAGACUUUUUGUCUGAAUAAUAAAAGUCACUUUUCCCUAGCUAAUGCUAAUAAUAGUGCAAGUCUCAAAAGAAAAAUGGUUUAAAAAUCACGGUUUGUGCUCAUUCACAAACAACAAACAAACUUGUGAAUGAGGCUACCAACGAUUUUACCCAAGGAAGCACACAAGAUCUUAAAAAACCGCCCACUCUUGGAACCAAUCAGAUCACCCGCUCGCUAACUAAGAAAAAAGUGAAGGAUUUUAUCAAUGUCUAAAAAAACUUUCACGUGUUAUUUACAUUUGAAAAUUGCAUGUGUAUUAGUUUUAUUGGCAGUAACACAAGUGGUUUUUAGUGAAGAAACAUUCCUUGAUCAUGGUGAUCAUAAGGACUAACUCUACAGAUUUAAAAUUGGAUCCCUACAUUGGGCACCAACCAAAGCACACCUUAUCCCUAGGGUAACCAACCUUAAUGUCAUCACAAAUACAAUUCAGUGACUGUGUGAACAAGUUCCCAUGUCUUUUUUUGUUGUAGACUUACUGAAAUUGCUUAGGCUGCAGUCAUUAUGUAUACUGCAGGGGGAGGGGGGGGAGGAGCAGAGGAUAUUUUUUAAAGGGGCAAAAUUUUUUAAGAUCCCCCGGCCCCACAUCAUACAGAAUUUUUUGACAACCCCCCUUAUGACCAAAAGAAAAAAUGACCCCCCCCCCCACCACCCAGUCUUGACAAGGAAAGCAAAAUAUAGGCAAUAUAAUUUAAAUGGUGCAGAGAUAAAUGUUUAAAAUAGAAAACUAAAAACAAAAGGUGACCAGAGGUUCCCAGAUUUUUGUAUUUCUGGUGUAAAGAAAGUUGCAAGAGAUUACUAAAGCUAGCUGUGCCUCAAAGAGAAAUUGCAUACCGGGGCCAUGUGGCUGCUUAGAUUCAAUAAUAAAGUGCAAUAAUCCCUAGUGGAAGAAUAAAAUGAUAGGUUAAAUUUGGGACCUAGACUAGCAAAGAACAAGCCCAAGUGAAAAGAAAACAAAAGAAAAAAGGCAGAUGAAAAGCUAUACAACAGGUGCUAAAAUAUACUGAAUGGCCAAAUCAGUUGGACAUGAAAGGAAAAGGGAAUUGCAAGUCAUCCUACCUCUGACAAAAGGUCCACAUACUUUACAUUAAGUGAAAUACAAAUCUCUCCAAAAGAGGAGAUUGAAGUUAAUUCACUAUUUUUGAUUAUUAAGGCCAAAUUACCAGCUAGAACAUUGCAUCACCAAGAGAAAAACAAAUGAAUAUAAAAUUUGUUGUGCAUCAGGUCAAAAUUUACCUUGGUUCAACAAGUUUAUAAAUUAAAUUUCCUUUUACAGGGAAUGGUAAGGACUAUGAAAAUGAGUUUUUAGAAGAGAAAAAUAUACUGAGAUCAGUGCUACUUUGCCUACUCCACAGAAAGCUUCAGGUUCCGUACAGAAAACUAUGUGGUUUUUCAACUCAAACAAGCACAUAGUUUUCUCAACCAGCUACCAAUUGUGGCUUAUUAGAAGGAAAGCUUUCUACUGACAUUGCAUUCCUCGUUCAAUAUCCAUAAAUGACACCACAAUAGUAAGAAAUUUCUAUCCUAAGAGAUUCCAUCUUUGAUGCAAAUCAAAGAAGCUUUAUAAUCUUUCAAUGGCAUCUAAAAAAACUGGCAUCUCCCCUACUUGCCUUCAGAAAUUUUUACCGUCCCCCCCUUUCCCUUCAAAAAUUUUAAGACCUCCCAAAAAAACCUCUGCCCCCCCGCUCCCCCGCCCCACCCCCUCCUCCAGUGGUAAUCAUAAUGAAUGUAGCCUUGACAUUGAUAAGUUGAAAAUUUGCUUUUGUGGCUGUAAAGACAUGAAACUACUAACCAAAGACCAAAACACCUGAUAAAAAUGCUCACAGAAAUGAGCAUCACAUUAAUUUGCAAGGGAGAUGUUUGUGGAAAAAAGAAAGUUUCUUGGUGUCGUGGAUGGGUGUAAUCACCAAAAGACUGAAAAGACACUGGACCAUACCCACACAACAACACAAAAGCGAACUAACAAUGGUUUCCAAAACACCAAGAAACAUGUAGAAAAUGUGUUCAACUUAAGGUCAUAGUCCAGAAUAACUCAAAAGAAAACAGUAGUAAUGGCUGUGAAAUUUGAGUGGUCAGUGCAUCAGACUUGCAAUCCGGCGGUCCUAGGUUCGAGUCCCGCUCUCAGGAGCACCCACUGGUAAUUUUCGGGAAAAUAUCUGUUCGGAAGACGAUUUGAGAUCUAGAGUUUUCGGAGCAUUUGUUGUAAAAUUUCUUGCUUGCCUGCCUCUCCUAGGAUUUUCGAACAUCGACAAAAUGGUAUAAUUACCCAUUUUUAACGGAUUUUGACCCUGAAAAACGCCACCUAGAAUUUUCGGGAGCCUUUUCCUGGCUGAAAUUUUCGAGAGGGUAAGUUUUUAUCCCUAUAAUUUUCGGAUCACUAGACUUUCAGCUAGGAAAUCCGAACGGAUGAAAAGUUUUUAGGGGAUAAAAAUAUGCCUAUAUUUACCGUUUGAAUACUAAAAUACGUUCAACAAUGCUAUGUUAAGUGGUUUUGAACUAUAUCCUCGUUGGGUGCCCCUGCGCUCUGGCCACUUGCUGGAUUUGUUCUCAGUCAUCCCAAGUUCAAAUCCUUGGCCAUGCUUGUAAAUAGCCAACAGAUUGCCUCCUGCCAGUUGGGGUUUUUAAUCCUGUGAUGUUGCAUUUGAACUAUAGAUACAGUAUAGAUGUAAUACUUAGGACAGCAGAACAGAUAUUUAACAAUUAUUCUUUGAAAUCGAGGUGAAUAGUGGCAAAAUAUUUACCGAGCCACGAAGUGGCGAGGUAAAUAUUCCUAAAGCCACUAUUUACCGAGAUUGAAAAGAAUCAUUGUUUUAGUAUAUACACACGAAGUGAUCUCAACAAAAUCAGAGAGGAAACCAUUAAAAAGUACGAUUUGAUUGACAGAUCAGGUCAGCUAGACACGCGACAGUUUAAUAAUAGAUCUUUGUAGAAUUUUCAAACGUGGCAAUUCACAAGCUUACCACUUCGCAAACAACAGCGUAAUGACUUAAAUGGAACCGCUAAAAGUUUGAAUCGUUUCCUUACCUGAGAAGAAAAGAAGAGCUUUGUUGUUUUCUGUUGACUCGCCAAGUUUAUAGCCGAAAAGGUUUGUUGUGUCGUUCUUCGCAUGAAGUGCUGACAAAAAUGGCGAAAUUGACUGAAAUUGAAUGGCGUGAAAUUGACUAGAGAUCAACUUCCCAGGCAUGUUGGCAUUUUUUCCAGCAUAGUUCACUUAUCUAGCAAUUACUGUGAAACAUACAAAACUGUGAACACCAGAAUUAUAUAUGAAAUAUUAUCGUGAUGUAAGGAAAGAGCCAAUCAGAUGCGAUAAAAUUAAACCACAAACAGCAACCAUAGUAAGUUUGUAGUUUACAGAUUUGCUCAGGUCCUAAAAUUAUAAUUGUGGUUGGUAACUACACAAUCAACAUUCCGACACUACAUCAUCAUCGUACAUUCCACUAUGGCUCAAAAUACAGGGUUUCAUGCAAAUCAUUUAUUUUUAAACGAUACAACCUCUACUAUCCAGAAUUUUUCUCCUUAUAACAAUUUUUCGAAAUUUUGUUUUUGGAGUAGCCAUUGCAAGUAAAUAACACCAAUGAAAAAGGGGGUCACCUUUCUUUUUUAUUGCAACAAGAGGAUAAAGGGGCAAUUUUGGCUUGAAAUGAUAAUUUUCUAAGAAGGGACUGGGGCGGAGAAACUGCCACCACCUUUGAUAAUGCAACCUUACUCGCAGUAGGUAAUUAAAGCACAGUUCCUGCAACACAAGGGAAUUACCUUAAUGUGAACUUAACUUUUUUCAGCUUCUUAGGAAAUGCGAAGAAGUGGAAGAUAAACAGCAUACUGCAUCAGAACCAAAACCAGAGGCCUUGACUCAGUCGCUUGAAAUCAUGCGGGAGAAACUUCAGCAAAGAUCAGAGGCAGAACAUCACCCAUUCGCGAUCACAGAGCCUACUGCAUUUUCAGAGGAAAUGCUCAGUCAGUUUCAUUGGUCCCCAACAGCACGGAUUUAUCUUCAAGCUUUCAGACUGGUAAACCAGGGGCUUGAAAUUCUGAUCAACAGUAACUUUACUGAUGAAAGAGGAAUUUCUCUUAUAGCUCGUGGGUAUUUGACUGAAAAUUCUAUACUACAAACUUUUCCUUAUAUACAUGUUUCGUUGCCUGCAGUUUUUCACCUUUGUGAGAAAAGCAUGCAAAAGAACGCAGGUUUCUUUGAAGGCCUUGUAAUCACUUGUGGCUUUUAUUUUUGUAAAAUGAAACUUUCAACCGCGACAGUGAACACUGACGUGAAAAAGGUGAUGUGCAUAACAAAUUUGAUUAAUUUCAUUCAAAAAGCUGAACCUAACAGCCCUCCAGCUGAAGAUGCUUUUAGAUUUGACCAAAGCUACAGCAGCUGGCUUCAUGUCUUAUAUGACCACUUGGCAUCAAUUUAUAUUAUUUUCGGUAACUAUGAAGAAGCAGCUGAAGCUUUUGAAAAUUCCCUGCAGUGCUGUCCAACCUAUUUUCCAAGCAAAAGAGGCCUUGGGUACUGUUUGUUGGCUCUGUAUGCUGCUAGAGUUAACUCUGAAAAGAAGGACUCUGUAGCCUCAGAAAAGUGCGACAUGAAGGAGUUAAAAAGGUAUUAUGAACUUGGCCAAGAUGCUGAAGAAAAAAGGCUGCCUUUCAUAGACGCUCUUGAUCUGUGUCUCAAGGAUAUGCUGUCUCCCAUCUAUCAGCUACUCACUGAUUUACCAGAACGGGCCAGGUGUGGCAAUAAAGCUUGCACUAAAAAGUUCAAGGAAACUGAGCUGAAGUCCUGUACUAGGUGCCGAACCAAAAAAUAUUGCAGCAAGUAG